UUCAUUUUAUUCUCUAUCUAGCAAUGUGAGAAAGAGAUAGAAGUACAUUAAAUAUCUCAAGAAAAAAAAAACAUGGGUUCAAAUUCUAAAGAACUAAACAUAGAUUUGAACUUUGUAUGCAUGCCCAAGAUCAUAUCAGAUGUUUUAACAGAAGUUUCUGCCAUGGAUGAUAUCUCAAAGAAAUUAACAAAGCUCAAUAACUUUAUUGUUGCUUUAGAAGAAGAACUUAAAAAGAUUGAAGCUUUCAAACGUGAACUUCCAAUUUGCAUGGUUCUCCUAAAAGAUGCUAUUGAGAGAUUAAAGGUGGAAGCUUUGCAGUAUAAAGGGAAAGAUAUAAGGCCUGUGAUGAAGGAAUUCAUACCAUUGAAGAAUGGUAAUUCUGAUGAAAGUAGAAGGGUAAAAAAGUCAAAUGAUUUAAGUGAUAAGAAAAACUGGAUGAGCUCUGCUCAGCUUUGGAGCACUCCAGUUCACUAUGAAAACUUUGAUCAUGGAAAACAAGGACAUUUCUUACACCUAAAAUCUGGAGUAGAGGAGAAAGAAAGAGAGAAGCAGUACCAGUUAGGAGUAUAUAAAUUGAAGAAUGAUAGAGGGGCAUUUUUGCCAUUUCAAGAACAACCUGUGAAGGAAGGAAAAAAUGGUUUAGCAGUGAAGGAUUUAUCUCUGUGUAUGGCAGUUGGUGAAGGAAAAAAACGUCAAAACCCAAUAGAUGUGAGUGUGAAAAGACAUAACGGCCCAUCAGAACAGAGGAAACAGAGGCGUUGUUGGUCUUCAGAUUUGCAUCGUAGAUUUGUUGAUGCUCUUCAUCGACUUGGAGGUGCCCAAGUGGCUACACCAAAACAAAUCAGAGAGAUCAUGCAAGUGGAUGGCCUAACCAAUGACGAAGUGAAAAGCCAUUUACAGAAAUAUAGACUUCAUGUGCGAAGAGUCCCAAUAUCGGGUUGUUCAUGGUCUACAAUGGAUGAAAUCGGGGAGUCUUCAAAGACAAAUGCUACACAAUCUGGUUCCCCUGAAGGACCUCUUCAUUUUACUGGUUCAGGUUCUGCCAAAGGGGUGUCUAUCAAUGAGGGAGAAACAAUGGAAGAAGAGGAUAAUAAAUCAGAAAGCUAUACUUGGAAUGGACAGCUUCAAAAGAGCAUUUAAGCUCAUGUAUAAGAUCAAUUAGCCAUAAAUUUUGCAGCUACAGACAUAGGACAGACAAAACAUAACAAAAUAACUGAGAAGUGCUAAGUUAUUUUAGAAGGAAAAUAGGAAAUAGGCAUAUGCUGAUUUUAACAUGCUUCUUGUGAAAUCAGGUUUAACUUUGACAUCUUUGAUUUACAAUCCAUUGUGAGUAGAACUAAUUAUUUGGAUAGUCCGAUGAUACUAAAACAGCUGGUCGGGUCCAGUGAACUAGAGAGGGAAUAUCAGUUUACAAACUGUAUUAAAGUUCUAUGUACUGUUCGAAAUGCUUUUAGAAUAUUGUUCAAUUA